AUUAAUAUUUAAUAUGGCCACCAGAAGAAAGUAUUUAAGACUUGUUGUCGAGGACUAAAAGCCAGAAUUGAAUGUGAUUCGAGUUGCUAAUAAAGCUUAAUUGUCAACUCAAGUUAGAAAAGCCUUAUGGCUCCUUCAAGGCACUCGCAAGGAGGAUCAACCCCCUAAUCUAGAUACAAUCUUUAUCACAGCCAUUGAGAACGCCAUCUCCAAAGCAGUUGUUAUUGCAGAAGUUGUUAGAAGAAGAGUUGCUGGACUAUAUUAAAUAAAUAAAAUCUAGUCAGUCUAGAUUAGUGAAGAAUAUGAACCAUUAGAAGAAGGAUUAGUCAAAGUCAAACUCACUAAAAAUUUGGCUUCUCUCCAAAUCAAACUAACCAAAACACCAACCGAAUAAGACAGAAAAGAGCCUGGAUUCCUUGUAUAUAUAUUUUUUUUAUAAUUAGGAACCAUUGCCUGCUGAUCAAAUUCAACCACCCAGAGAAAGAACUGACAGAUAAAGAAGUGGAAGUUCAAAACCAAGAAAUGAUAGCUAAAGAAAUUAUAGAGACAGAAGAGACGACAGAGAUAGAAGAGAUAAUAGAGACAGAAGAGAUAAUAGAGAUAACAGAGAUAAUAACGAUAACAGAAGAGAUAAUAGAGACAAUAGAGAUAGAAGAGAUAACAGGGAUAAUAGAGAUGGCAGAGAUAAUAGAGAUAAUAGAAGAGAUAAUAGAGAUAAUAGAGACAAUAGAAGAGAUAAUAGAGAUAAUAGAGACAAUAGAGACAAUAGAAGAGAUAAUAGAGAUGGCAGAGAUAAUAGAGACAAUAGAGACAAUAGAAGAGAUAUUAGAGAUAAUAGAGACAGAAGAGAUAAUAGAGACAACAGAGAUAACAGAGAUAAUUAAAGAGAAGAGAGAAGAAAUAACAAUACAUAAAAUGAAGCUAAUAAUGAAAGACCAACAACCCAAAAAAGUAGAGGAGCUCCAAGAACUUAAUAAUAAGAGUGAGUAUUAGCAAUAUAGAAGAAAAU